AAAUUGACCACUUCACAUCUCACUCUUCAUGCAGAAUGCUUUCUGAGAACCAACUCGUAGAAGAAUCAACCUUCAUGACAAUGGAAGUUCCGGCCAUUCGUGAGCACUAUUAUUUUGUUCAGGAACAUUGUCAACAAACAAUGGCCAAAUUAAAGGAGAACGGAGUUGUUACUGGAGCAGAUUGGAUUGAAUAUCUUGCUAGAACAUAUUCCGAUAAGUUGGCAAUUCAAACAGUUCAUAAACCAAUAGAUACUCAACCUGUAAUUACCUAUGAAAAGAUGAAUCAAAUGGCAAAUCAACUUGCUUAUUAUUUGAUUAAUGGUGAAAUUGACAAUUUAAAAUACUACAAUGUGAAAAAUAGUGGACUAUCUAAUCACAUCAUGACACAGGGUGAUGUUGUUUGUUUGCUGAUGGAAAAUAAUGAAAAUUUUAUUCCUACUUGGGGUGGGUUAAAUAAGUUGGGAUUAACCAUUGCUUGUAUCAAUACGUAUUUGACACCAGAUAGAAUGAAACAUGCUAUUGAAUUAUCUGGAGCUAAAUCCAUUUUCCUCUCCAGAAAAAUGUUACCACUCUUUGAGAAAGCAAGAAAUGAAGAACAAGAAUUUGAAAUUUCAAUUAGAAAAGCAUCAAUCAGAGAUUUUAAAGUGUUUAUUGUGGAAGAUAUUAUUAAAUAUGAGAAUUGUAACACUUUGGAAAAUCCAAAUUCAACAAUUUAUAGAGGUGAUAUCACGGGAGAGGAUGCACUUCUCUAUAUUUACACUUCAGGAACAACAGGAAAGAGUAAAUGUGCCAGAUUUUCCAAUAGAAGAUUUAUUGGAGCUGGUGUGACGUGGUCAGUGCAAAUGGAUUUGGUCAAAGAUGACAAGUAUUAUAUUGCACUUCCAUUAUAUCAUGGAAAUGGUGGUGUGGUUGCUGUAUCAGCAAUCAUGUUGGUCGGAGGAACAGCAGUUUUGAGAGAAAAGUUCUCUGCCAGUAAUUUCUUGAACGAUAUUCGUACUUUUGGUUGUACAGCUACUAUUUAUAUUGGUGAAUUGUGGAGAUACCUUUACAACACACCAGAAAAAGAAGACGAUGCUCAAAAUCCUCUCAGAGUUGCAGCUGGAAAUGGGUUGAGAAAAGAUAUCUGGAAUAGGGUAAUGAAAAGAUUUGGAAUUAAGAAAAUAGUGGAACACUACGGGCAAACAGAAAUGUUGAGUGCCCACCCAAUGAUAAAUUCAUACAAUAAGGUGGGAUCUUGCGGUUUCAUUCCAUUUGAUUUGUGGACUAAUCAAAAGAAGGAAGUUUUGUUAACAUACGAUUUUGAAACUGAUUCUGUUAAAAGAGACCCAGUUACUGGAUUUUGCGAAAUUGCAGGUCCAGGAGUUGCAGGAGAGGAUGUCACAAGGAUUUCGGAAUUGUACAAAGCUUAUAAUAAUCAUGAGGACAAUUUGAAAAAGGUUUAUAGAGAUGUUUUCGAGAAGGGAGACAUGUGGUACAGAAGUGGAGAUUUACUCAAAUUCGAUAAUGAUGGAUUCUUCUAUUUUGUUGAUAGAUUGGGAGAAUCAUAUAGAUGGAAAGGUGAAAAUGUGUCAACAGGAGAGGUCAGUGAGGCCAUAACAAAAGCUCUCGACAAGCACAAUAUUGGCCUAAAGGAGGCUAAUGUGUAUGGUAUUGAAAUACCUCAUUGCGAAGGAAGAGCAGGAAUGGCUCGUUUGCUUAUUGAGAAUAGUUCUGAAGAAUUGGACACUAAAUUUUUAUUAACCGAAUUGAAGAAACAUCUUCCACAUUAUGCCAUUCCAAUAUUCCUUAGAAUUAGUAAGGUAGAAUCAGAGAAGACCAGCACUUUCAAAUUCAUCAAGAAUCAAUACCAAGCUGAAGCAUAUCACCCAGACAAGGUUGGUCAAGACCAAAUUCUCAUGUUGGAUGUAUCAACAAAGGACUCUUACAUUCCAAUUACAGAAGAAAUUGUCAAACAAUUAUCUUCUGGAAAUGUGAGAUUGUAAUAAAUCUCGAUUUAUCUAAU